AUCGCCGCGUUACCUUCUCAUGAAUUAUUAAACACUCUGUUUUUAGCCCGACUCCACGCGCUGAAUUUUUUUUGCGCCCGUCGAUCUCCGGCAGCGUGUAAAAAGUGUUUACUUAUUCAUCUUGGAUUUUUUUUUUUUUGGGGGGGGUUUGUACUUUCUCUGGCUGCCGUAUCGCGGCGGGUAAGCGAGCGCGUGUGAGCUGAUCAAGGAGUGAGACAAGUGUCGGGAGCGAAGCAGCAUCAGCAUCAGCAUCAGCGCUCUGGUCUGUUGCAGGCAGCGGCAAGCAGCAGCGCUCUCAGUCACGGCGCAGGCGGCGACGGCAGCAGAAGCAUCAAACUCUCCUCUCUCUUCCUCCCCGGAGUUGCGUCUUGCUCUGAGGACACCCGGCCCAGGAAGUCGCGGGAGAAAGUCAUCCAAAGGGGCUGUUUGGGAAAACAGAGAACCAAACGCAGACCUGGCUGCCUCCAUGCCUAUCGAAUUUGUGUGCAAAAUCAAGUUUGCAGAGGAGGAUGAGAAGCAGAAAACCAAGCAGGAUGGGGACAAGGAGAGUCUGAUCGAGGAGCGCUGCGCGGCUCCGGCCAAGGACUUGGCCGGGUUCGCCAACUCCUGCUCCCUGCAUGGGAUUAAUCACAUCUUUGUCUCGGGUCGCCUCGGCAUCCGGCAGACUCUGUGGGCUCUCGCCUUCCUCACCUCGCUGGCGCUCUUUGUCUACCAGGCGGCAAAGUGUGCCAUCUCCUACCUGGAGCACCCGCACGUCACCGCCCUGAACGAGGAGGCCAGCCCGGAGAUGGUCUUCCCGGCCGUGACCAUCUGCAACAUCAACAGAUUCCGUUUCUCCGCGCUCUCCGACGCCGACAUCUACCACCUGGCUAACCUGACGGGGCUGCCCCCCAAAAACCGGGACGGGCACAAGCCCACGGACCUCAUGUACCCGGCUCCGGACAUGCAGGACAUCUUCAACCGGACGGGGCAUCAGCUGGAGGAGAUGCUGAUGAGCUGCAACUUCAGCGGACAGAACUGCUCGGCGGACGACUUCACCGUGGUUUACACCAGAUAUGGGAAAUGCUACACCUUUAAUGGGAACAAGACGACAUCCAGGAAAAGCAAGCAAGGUGGAAUGGGGAAUGGGCUGGAGAUCAUGUUGGAUAUCCAGCAGGAUGAAUACCUGCCAAUAUGGAGAGAGACAAACGAGACGUCUCUGGAGGCCGGAAUCCGGGUUCAGAUCCACAGUCAGGACGAGCCGCCGUACAUCCACCAGCUGGGCUUCGGAGUCUCGCCGGGCUUCCAGACCUUUGUUUCAUGUCAAGAGCAAAGGUUGACCUACCUGCCCCAGCCCUGGGGGAACUGUCGCUCCAGCAGCAAUGAGAAGUUCCCAGGAUACGACACGUACAGCAUCAGUGCCUGUCGCCUGCUCUGCGAGACCAAGGAGGUGGUGCGGGUGUGCAACUGCAGGAUGGUGCACAUGCCCGGAACCGCUGAUAUCUGUCCUCCCAGUAAAAUCAACUGCGUUGACAAAGCUCUUGCACAGCUCCAAAAGAGCAGCGGGGACAGCUGCCCAUGUGAGACGCCCUGUAAUCUCACCCGUUACGGCAAAGAGCUCUCCAUGGUCAAAAUCCCCAGCAAGGGCUCGGCUCGCUAUCUCUCCAGGAAAUACGACAAGUCCGAAGACUACAUCAGAGACAACUUCCUGGUCUUGGACAUCUUCUUUGAGGCUCUAAACUAUGAAACAAUCGAGCAAAAGAAAGCGUACGACGUUGCAGGUUUAUUAGGUGACAUUGGUGGACAGAUGGGUCUUUUCAUUGGGGCCAGUAUCCUGACGUUCUUAGAAAUACUCGAUUAUAUCUACGAGGUCAUCAAGCAGCGAUUACGACGUCUCCUGAGACCAAAGAGCAAAGAGGAGAAGAGCAAACAGCAGCCCAGCACUGUGGCUACUGUUGGUCUGGAGGAGAACAAAACAGAGGAGCCUAACGCGACGACACGGAGUCACCCGGAGGGGGCGUACGCCAACACCAUGCUGCCCAACCACCACCACCACCCUCACCACCACCACACGGGGCACCACGGGGUGUUUGAGGACUUCACCUGCUAGAGCCGACCGUACUUUUGUUUUUGUUUUUUUUCUUUCCUCCAUAGUUUCCUUUGCAUUGACAACGAAAGAAGAC